AUGGCGCUGCACAUUACUCUGCUUCUCACCACUGCUUUGUUCUCCAAAGAUUCUACUGGAACAUGCAAAUCAAAUGGGGUAAUAAUAACAUGUCCAUCCCGUUGUGGCUCCAUAACCACAACCGUAUACUCAGACGGCAAAUUAGUGAAAAGCAGUGCUGCAAGGACUUGCACAGAUCCUGUUUCAUGUGUUACUGGAAGCAUGAAUUCUGAAAAAAGCAAAGUGACCCUCAACUCCCAGUGCUGCGAUACAUAUAACUGCAACUUUGGAAAUGCACCAGAUUUGCCAGUAAAGCCUCUAAAUGGGAAGAAAUGUUUCACCUGCAAUGCCACUGCAGACUGCACAAAUACAAUGGCUUGUGAGGGUGAUGAGACUCGGUGCUUUAUUACAACAGCUGAUGUUAAUGGAAAGAAUGUGACCACGAAAGGCUGUUCAAGCACGCUGUUCUGUGGGAACGGGACACUGGCACUGGGAUUACCUGUACAGUCCUACGGCUUUGGUGCUUACAUGAAAUGUUGUGAAGGAAACCUGUGUAAUGGUGCUCAGAGCUUGAGAGUUUAUUUCCUGAUGCUGGUACCACUUCUCUCUCUAUUUGUCUUUUUAUUUUAGAUUUUUGCUUUUAAAAAGCACUUCUCUCUAAUUUGUGUUCUGGUAUAAAGAUCAGGCCUCUUUCCACAGUUUUAUCAUUUAAUUCUAAAGCUAAGCAAUGAGAACUAGGUCUAUGCAUUUUUUACAUUUGUUUUAAGUGUGGGGCCAAUGUACAUGUUUUUGGAAGUUGGUUGAAUAAGCCUCAGGUGAUCCACAUCAAAAUAAAAAU